CCGGGGCAGCACGGGCGGUGUGCUCGAUCCGCCGAGGCUAGAGACCCGGCGCCGGAAGGGCUCCACCAAUCUCGCCGCAGCCUACGAGGCCCCGCUGCCUCUCACCUGCUGCGUUUGAUUACCAUUUUCACGGUUCUUGAAAAGUCAUGGAAGACGGCCCGCUGCCAGACCUCAGGGACAUCGAGCUGAAGCUGGGGCGCAAAGUGCCCGAGAGCCUAGUGCGCUCGCUCCGCGGGGAGGAGCCGGUUCCCCAGGAAAGGGACAGGGACCUCUGCCGGGGGAGCUGUGGCGGCGGUGGCGGCGGCUGCAGUAGCAGCAGCAGUAGCUGCAGCUUCCCUCCCUCCUUGUCGUCCUCCACUUCGUCCUCCCCAACCUCUGGCUCCCCACGACGUAGCCACUCCAGCGCCCUGGAGAGGCUGGAAACCAAGCUUCACCUCCUCAGGCAAGAGAUGGUUAACCUCAGAGCCACAGACGUCAGGCUUAUGCGCCAGUUGCUCGUUAUCAACGAGAGCAUUGAGUCCAUCAAGUGGAUGAUUGAAGAGAAGGCCACCAUCACCAGCCGAGGCAGCAGUCUAAGCGGCAGCCUGUGCAGUUUAUUGGAGAGUCAGAGCACCUCCUUACAUGGCAGCUACAACAGCCUACAUGAUGGCAGUGAUGGGCUGGAUGGCAUCUCCGUGGGGAGCUAUCUGGACACUUUGGCAGAUGAUGUCCCAGGCCAUCAGACCCCUUCAGACUUGGACCAAUUCAGUGACAGCUCCAUAAUAGAGGGCUCACAGGCACUGCACAAGCAUCCCAAAUUAGAUUCUGAGUACUACUGCUUUGGCUAAUGACCCAGUUUUUUGCAUGGGACUGGUGUGCAAUUACCUUGUAUUUAUCCUUCUUUUCAGCUGCUAUUAUUUUUGGUGUGUUUUUUUUUUUUUAAAAAAAGCAACCUUUUUAAAAGAAGCUUAUUUUGAAACUGCUUAAUGGUAUUUCUGUUGCUCCUAAUCUUUCUCGUCUGGACUGAUUUAUUUUUCUCUCUUGCCUCUCUAUUUUUAUUUAUUACAAUGAUUUUUCUCCCUUCUUUUACAGUGGCACAAGUAAAGUAGGGAGAAAGGAAUAAGCAAUAAUUAUGUUUUUGCUUUUGUUUUCAGAGCAAGGGGUCAGGGAUUACAUGAAAAACUUUGAUAAAUUUUACAAUAAACCAAAGUCUGAUAACACUU